AUGACAGACAAAGCCACUAGAGAGGAGGGAGCGGCGGCCGUGACCGACCUGCUGGAAAGACUGCUGGAACACUGGGCAGAAGAAUCCUUACAGCCAAACUCGCGGAUCAACCUAAUCGAAUUCCUCCACGAGUCAGAUGAGGCGGGCACUUUGACCUUUAACGACUUGGGAACGGCGCCCGCCGAGAUGGAGGAUGACUACCCCGAGGUCCAGGACCCGUUAUUAGAAAUAAAUGUGGGAAUCGAGCCUGAACCACGGCCUCUUUUUGUAAGCUAG